UGUGUAACUUUUACUUUGAAAUAAACGGAAACAGGGAUGUACGAUCUUCCGUGGUUGGCUGAUCGACAUUUUCUCAAGUUUUAAUACCAAAAUCUACAAUUUUUCGACUUUUGUACGUUUAUUUCUCACACAUCGGGUGUCGAUUAUCAGUGGGGGAUGUUCAGAAGUGCUUCCAGGUGCCUUCGGAUUUGUCCUGUUGUUAGCCAAAGAAAUAUGUCUAACAGCACUCUUGCAGGAAAGGUAGCUAUUGUCACUGCCUCGACAGAUGGGAUCGGUUUGGCUACAGCCCAAGCCUUGGGGAAGAAAGGAGCCCAUGUGGUGGUGAGCAGCAGACGCCAGGCCAAUGUGGACAGAGCUGUGGCCCUGCUUCAGGGACAGAACAUCCAAGUGACUGGUACCACUUGUAAUGUGGGUAAAGGAGAGGACAGAGAAAAACUUAUUGAAGUGACUCUUCAAAAAUAUGGUGGCAUUGACAUUUUAGUAUCAAACGCAGCUGUCAACCCUUUCUUUGGAAAUACACUGGAUUCCACAGAAGAGGUUUGGGACAAGAUUUUGUCCAUAAAUGUGAAAGCAUCUUUUUUGUUGACAAAGCUGGUGGUGCCUCACAUGGAGAAACGUGGAGGGGGAAAUAUAGUGUUUGUUUCAUCUGUAGCUGGAUAUCAACCAUUGGCGGCUUUGGGUCCUUACAGUGUGAGUAAAACAGCCUUGCUCGGUCUGACUCGAGUUCUGGCCCCAGAACUUGCCUCUAGUAACAUUCGAGUGAACUGUGUGGCACCAGGAAUAAUCAAAACACGCUUCAGUUCAGCUUUGUGGCAAAAUGAAGACAUAAUGGAUGACUUCAAAAGGCAGCUGUGUAUUAAAAGAGCUGGAGACCCAGAGGAAAUCGGUGGGGUGAUUGCCUUCUUGUGUUCCACUGAAGCUUCAUAUAUCACAGGAGAGACAAUUACAGUAACUGGAGGCAUGAGUGGACGACUUUGAACUGCUUUAUUACAACAAAUAUGCAAUUAUGUAUUUCUAAUAUUUUAUAUUUUCCACCAUACGAUUUAAUGUAUAAGUUUUGUAUGAGCAAAUCUAUAACAAAACAAUUGCAUCUUUGCAUUGUAUUGCAACAAAACACAAGCACACUAAUAAACAAAACUAAAAUACA